CCAAGAAAUCUGAAAGCUACUGAAACAUCAACGACACCCGGUAGUGAAAUUGAUUCUUCUCUUACACCCGCUAUACCCAGUAAACCUCCAACUGCCGGAACUUCUAGUCAUCUGAAAGCUACUGAAACUCCAACAACACCCAGUAGUGAAAUUGGACCUCCUACUAUACCCGCUAUGGCCAGUAAACGUCUAACUCCCAGGACGCCAAGUCAUGUGAAAACUCUUGAAACACCCUCGACACUCAGUAGUGAAACUGGAUCUCCUCGUGAACACGGUAUAGCCAAUAUACCUGCAACUCCCUGAACAUCAGAUAU